CAAACGUAUUAGGCUGUGAAUUAAAAGUUAUUAAAAGCUGCACGUAUCAGAAAUUUUUUCCUGUUUAAACUCAGAAUAGUUGAAGGUUCAUUGAAUUGACAUACUCGAUGAAUAAUUCAUACAGCAAACAAAAAAACCUUUCAUUGAUUGUGUACCUUCCCGGGCCGUGUUUCAUCAUUACUUAGUCAAUAGGUAUAAAAACCGAGGUGUGGAGUUGUUCGAUGGUAGGAAAAUGCGGCGUGUUGCUAUGAGCGUUUCUUUCGGCCUUUUCUUGGCCAUCCUUCUUAAUAUCUCCGCCCAGCAGUCAGCGUCGACCACCCGCCGCUGUAGAAAGAAUGAUCAACAUAAUGCUGUCUUCGGUACAAAACAACCGGACGACAAUACGCAACAGCUCUUGCGCAGCGAAAACAUCAAGGUGGGUCCGAGACAAAAGAAAUCGACCACAUAUCCGUUCGUUUAUCCUGAACAAGGCGACAUCCGAGGCAACAUAACUUACAUCGAAGCGUCCGAUCGGACGGCCGACGGCAAAGGCGGCUGCGUCUUCCUCAUAGAAGGCGGAGUUGGGUACGAUAAUGUCACUCUACACUUCAGAACUCAGAAGAGCUUAGGGAUGGAGUUCGUCGUCAGUAUAUACGGUAAACCCAAGCAGCCUUCUUAAAAUUAAUAUUUUUUGAAUGAAUUAACCUUCGACGAUUUCACGGAAAAUCUUCCUUUUACUACCCUAAAUCUCUAUAUAUUAGCAAAAUAUACUAUACGUUGACAGCAGAUGGACUUCAUGUAAUGCUUUGUGUAUGUAAGCCGUCCAUAAAAGAAUAAAACAGUUCGUUAAUGUUGUUAUUACUA